AGAACAAUAUUUGAGACAAGCGAAAUUAUGAGCUAUUACAGAAUACUGAAAAAAUUAGGGUCCGGUACAUUUGGAAAUGUAUUUCUCGUUGUUAACGUUUGGACGAAAAAGCAAUACGCUUUGAAAGAAAUUGGAAAUGUUCGAAAUGAAAAACAACUAGCAUCCGCAAUGAAAGAAAUAUCAGUUCUAAAGGAAUUAAAUCAUCCUUUUAUUGUCCAGUUCUAUGGGUAUUUUCAUAAAAACGGAUGUUUAUCCAUAGUUCUUGAAUACUGUAGUUUUGGUGAUUUGAGCAAAGUCAUACAGUAUUUUCGUUUCAGCUCAAGUUCGCAAUGGAUGAUAUACAACCUUAUUUCUCAGGUAGUUCUCGGUUUGCGAUAUAUGCACAGUCGAAAUAUUAUUCAUCGGGAUCUGAAGCCUCAAAACAUAUUAGUAAGCAAGAAUUUCAGUGUUAAAAUUUCGGAUUUUGGCCUCGCUCGGAAAUUGCUAACGCCUUUUGCAUACACGUGUGCCGGGACAGUAUUAUAUAUGUCACCCGAGGUGUACAGCGGUAAACCAUAUGAUUUCACAACGGACAUUUGGUCUUUCGGCGUAGUAUUGUACGAAGUAAUUACGCAACGUAGGCCUUUUAGUGAAGUUUCACAAAUGUUGAAAGCUGCAUACGAUCCACUUGACAAACGAAUCGCCCGAGACCUGCGUUAUAUUGUUUUUUGGUCACUUCACCUGGACCCAAAGAAACGGAUGACUCUCCAUACUAUCCUCCGCUGUACUUCUAUAUCUACUUUUAUUCACAAGCAUUAUCCACAUUACAUUUAAUUCAGAAACUUUACUAGCGC